CAUCUCCACCUGAGGACUCAGAAUAAAAUAAUAAAGAACGAGUGCAUCUUAGCAACCUGAGAACUGCAGAGAUUCCUCGUGAACCCAAAUCAUCAGUCAUGCCCUGCGUGCAGGCUCAAUAUGGCACAUCUCCACCCGGUGCCAGUCCUGCAUGCCAAAGCAACAGCUACAGCACAUCUGGCGAGUACAGCUGUGAUUUUCUUACUCCAGAGUUUGUAAAGUUCAGUAUGGACCUGACCAACGCCGAGCUCGCAGCAGCAUCUUCAUCCUUACCCAGCUUCAACACGUUUACAGAAUCGGGCAGUGCCAACUACGAUGCCAAGCCGCCCUGCUUGUACCAGCUGCCCCACUGCAGCGAUCAUCUGGCGGUUAAAUCAGAGGGCGGGUCCGCGCACGGUUACCCACACGCAGAAGACAGCGUGUCCUAUUAUAAACCGUCCCAUUCAGCACUGAGCGGGUCUCCGGGUUUCCCAGCGGCCCCGGCGGCGCACUCGUGGGAGGAUGCGACUUCUCUGCACGGCUUCCAUCAGAACUACCUGACUGCUUCACAUGUCAUGGAGCAUCAGAGGAAGAGCGCGAUGACACGAUUCUUCUCGUUCAAGUCGUCCCUGAGCGCGUCCCCGCCGGCCGCCUGUCACGUGCGCUUUGAUGGUUCGGUGCACCCGGAUGCGCGCGGUCAGCACGGUUUUGCGCCACCCGGGCCGCUGAUAAAGCAGCACGGACUGGGGUUUACCCACAACAGCUUGCAUAUCAGUCAUUCUUUAAUGGAGAGUCCGGUGGCAUCAAAUUCCUCCUCUUCAUGCUCUCCACCCGCUUUUCGAGGCUCUCCGUCCGGCGAGGGACUGUGCGCUGUGUGCGGGGACAACGCCGCGUGCCAGCACUACGGAGUGCGCACGUGCGAGGGGUGCAAAGGUUUCUUUAAGCGCACGGUGCAGAAAAAUGCUAAAUACGUGUGCCUGGCGAACAAGAACUGCCCAGUGGAUAAAAGACGGAGAAACAGAUGCCAGUAUUGUCGCUUUCAGAAGUGCCUGGUUGUUGGAAUGGUAAAGGAAGUUGUAAGGACAGACAGUUUAAAGGGUCGAAGAGGUCGCCUCCCAUCAAAGCCCAAAGGUCCCCAAGACAUCACAAGCUCCUUAUCACCAGCCAAUCUCUUGAGUGCUCUGGUGAGAGCUCAUGUGGACUCCAACCCAUCCAUGGGGCGUCUGGAUUACUCCAAAUUUCAGCCAAAUCUUGACUAUCACAGCACUGGAGACGAGACUCUUUACAUUCAGCAGUUUUAUGACCUUCUUAUGGGCUCUAUGAGCAUCAUUCGUGGCUGGGCUGAGAAGAUGCCCGGCUUCACAGAGCUCCUUAAAUGUGACCAGGAGCUGCUUUUUGACUCUGCGUUUCUGGAGCUGUUCGUCCUCCGGUUGGCAUAUAGAUCCAAUCUAAUGGAAAACAAGCUCAUUUUCUGCAAUGGUGUAGUUCUGCAUAAACUACAGUGCGUCCGAGCUUUUGGAGAGUGGAUCGACUCGAUUGCCGAGUUCUCUGCAAACCUCCAGAGCAUGCAUAUAGACAUCCCUGCCUUCUCCUGUAUGGCUGCUCUGACUAUGGUCACAGAGAGACAUGGCCUUAAAGAGUCUAAGAAGACUGAAGAGCUCCAAAGCAGGAUUUUAAACUGUCUGAAGGAUCACAUGGCCUGUGGUGGGCAUUUGUCAAAACUGCUGGCUAAGUUACCUGAGCUGCGUAAGCUGUGCACACAGGGACUUCAGCGCAUUUUUUACCUGAAGCUUGAAGACUUGGUUCCAACGCCUGCUAUUAUUGAUAAACUAUUUCGUGAUACGUUACCGUUCUGAAUUGAGGUCCAGCGCUGACCGAUGCUCCUUCCACUGGAACUUUGAAUUUUUUACACUGCAGCACAGGAGUUUUACCUUUUCUUCCACACUUCUUGAUAUUUGGUGACUAAAGAUGGGACAGGAGUAAA